AUGGCUUCAACCGGCCUUGAAUUGUUGGGCAUGACUCUGGCCGUGCUGGGCUGGCUGGGGACCCUGGUGUCCUGCGCCCUGCCCAUGUGGAAGGUGACCGCCUUCAUCGGCAACAGCAUCGUGGUGGCCCAGGUGGUGUGGGAGGGGCUGUGGAUGUCGUGCGUGGUGCAGAGCACCGGGCAGAUGCAGUGCAAGGUGUACGACUCGAUGCUGGCGCUGCCCCAGGACCUGCAGGCCGCCCGCGCCCUCUGCAUCGUCGCCCUCCUGCUGGCCCUGCUCGGCCUGCUGGUGGCCAUCACGGGCGCUCAGUGCACCACGUGUGUGGAGGACGAGGGCGCCAAGGCCCGCAUCAUGCUCACGGCGGGGGCCGUCCUCCUGCUCUCGGGGGUCCUGGUGCUCAUCCCCGUCUGCUGGACCGCCCACACCGUCAUCCAGGACUUCUACAACCCCCUGGUGGCAGAGGCGCUCAAGCGGGAGCUGGGGGCCUCGCUCUACCUGGGCUGGGCAGCGGCCGCCCUGCUCAUGCUGGGUGGGGGGCUUCUGUGCUACACAUGCCCCCCGCCCCAGGUCGACCGGCCCCGCGGACCCAGGAUGGGCUACUCCAUCCCCUCCCGCUCUGGUACGUCCGGGCUGGACAAGAGGGACUACGUAUGA